AUGCCGAAACUCACUCUGAUGCUCGAGAGGCUUGGCAAGGUCCCAUGCUGGCCUCCAGACCAGCCAACGCCGACCCACCAUUGGGGCUUCACCAUUUACCGCACGUAUUAUGGCCCUUCCAGUGGCGAUAACUGGGACAAGUUGCUCACGACUACCAAGAGGGAAGCAAUGGAAGCGCUCAUGAAAGAGGAGGAAGAUGAGGUUGGCGAGAAGCUCAAGCCCACUUUCCGCCUGGAUCCCCGUUCCGACCGAGCCUUAUUAAGCGACGUAGAUCAAAGUAGACUCAUACAAAUAUAUAACGACCACAUUGGCAGGCCGCCCAUGCCUACAGGCGGCCUCGUUUUUCUCUACGCCGAUGAAGAGGUGCUCAGUCAGGUCAGCCAGGUCAUCUUCACUCUCAAAGCAGUCGACGCGGAAGAAGAGCCGAGAGAGGAUAUCCCUCCACAGGAAGGCGACGAAGACUUCGGCAAGCCCAGGUACUGGGGCUAG